AUGCGUUUGACAAUGGUGGGAAGUACUGUAAUAUUGACCUACUUCGGAAGUGGGUCUGGCAGUCCACCUGUCCAGCCUGAAAAUGUAGUACCAGUCGCCGGUGGAAUUUCUGAGAAACAAGAACACCUACGCAAAGCCAAUAACACCAAGAUACCGUACAAAAGGGGUGGGGGGGCAUGGUUCCGACUAGUAGCUCGUCAAGCAUUCGUGGUCGGUAACCAGUGGCUCCGAAAGAGAGGAGGGGGAUGCAUGCAAAUCGCGCUAAUUUUGCUGGCAUUUCUUCAAGGUCAAAAUGACGUCAGUGAUCAUGACAUUCAAAUGGCCCUAAAUGACGAGAAUGGCUUGAAUUCAAAUUUGAGCCAUGAUUCAAUUGAAGGUGAUGAACCCAUUAUUGAUGAUGAAGCAAUAGCUAUUGCGUUACAGGAAAGGAAAAAAAGACAGCUUACUGAGAAAGGGUCUAUGCAGGGGUUGCAACUUGAUUCAGGUAAGUCACUUUCCCCUGUUAAUUUUUCAACAUCUGACAACUGUCCAACGGUGGUCCUGGUAUCCAGGCUUGCUGAGAGCCAUGAUUUGCUUAAGAUGGAACUGUAGGGAUCUUAACAACCCCUAUGCAAUUCGUGCUCUGAGAGAGCUUAUUAAAUCUAAAAGGCUGGAUAUUAUUUUUCCUUGUGAAACUGUUGUCCAUGCUAAUAAGUUAAGGAAAUAAAAGUUUGCAUUGGGUAUGAUGGGUGUUUUUGCGUUCACCAUAACGACCGUAGCAGUGGUCUUACAGUUUUAUGGAAAUUAAAUUCUCUAAUCUCAAUUUCUAGUUAUUCUAAUAAUUUUGUUGAUAUGGUUGUUCUAGUGCUAAUAAUGUUGAUUGGCAUC